AUGGUUGCUCUCGAGCCCGACAGACUGAAGUCUCAAACAGAGUGCUUCAUCGGAAAGCCCCCGCAAAGCUGCCGCUCUACACACACUUCGAGUCAACAAGUCGCUGAUCUUCUGAGUUGGUGGUACAAUCAAUGCUUGAAUUCACACCCUCGAUGCAACCGGGUUUCUGACCCAGCCACCUAUCCCCCAAGACUACUUCGGGUCGAUGGCGAGAUCUGCAAGCUGGUAGACACAGCGAUGAUGACUCGGGGUCCUUACACUGCCUUGAGCUAUUGCUGGGGAUCCGACCCCAAUCAUCUUCUUCUAACAGACACGAAUAUGUCGAGACUACUGGACGGGAUCGACUGCGCCGACCUGCCGCAGACGUUUCAAGAUGCCAUGUUGAUAACGAAAAGGCUUGGGAUAUGCUACAUUUGGAUCGACUCGCUUUGCAUCGUUCAGAAAGGCGAAUCCUCGGGCAGAGAUUGGCUUAGACACCUCAAGAUCAUGGGAUCCAUCUAUGAAAACUGCACACUCAACAUCGCGGCGGCG